AUCCAGGAAGUGAGGGAAGUCGACGUCAGAACUCAAAACAUGUUUCAGUGUUUGCGCGUCAAAUUCAGUUCUCAAUUUGUACCAGUGUAGGUAAAAAUGGACAGGAGUGUUGGUAUUAUUUCUGUAAUUAAAACGUUAGGGUACCAGAGCGGUUACUGUUUGUCGAGAUGUACAUGUGAUGAACUUCCAUGCCCACUGCUCGACUGGCUUACAUCCCAGCUGAAGCGUCUGUGCCCAGAGCUUCAAGACUCGGGUGGGAGAGGUAACGUCUUGUUAGUGAGAGAGCUAAGAACUAUCCUGUCCGACUUAAAAUCUCCUCUCACUGGGCUGACAUCAGAGAUGCUGGAGCCUUCCAUCCUCUCCAGAAUCACUGAGUUCCUUGUGUCAGAAUUGCAAGCGGCGCACAUAAUCAAAUAUAAAGAGCUACAUUCUGACGAUAAAUCCGCCAGAGAAGAGGAUGCAAAAGAGCAAAGAGUGGAGGAAAUGUCAGUAUUUUGUCCGGAACAUGAAGACAAUGAUGCAGCCAAUAACCAAAGGACAGCUGAGAUACAGGCGGAGUGGAUAUUACUGCUUCACGCUCUUAACAUGGAUACAUCCUCUCAAUAUCCUGAUGUGCUGCAUGAGGUGGAGUCGAGAAUUGCUUGUCUUCCUGGUGAAGCCAUGACAAAGCCUCUGCUACACGCUGUCCUCACUACAGAGCAGUGGAGGCAACUGGAAAAGAUAAAUCGAGUUCUGACCGAUGACUAUGGCUGUCGACAGCAAAUGAUGCUGAAACGCUUUCAGGUUUCACUUGAGUCAUUUGCCUGGGGAGAAAAGCAAAAGGAGCGUCAUAAAGCAGUCACCUCAGUCCCUCCCCUGGCAUCCAUCGCAGUUUCGUCCAGAGUGUCUCUCCCACUUCUCCUGGCUACCAGAGAGGACCAAUCCUGCAUUGAGCCAAUCAAAGCUGGAACCAGCACAAAUGUCUACAAGAAAAUGAUGGGCCAUGUACCAGACAGAGGAGGACGACCAGGAGAAAUGGAGGCACCUAUGCCUGCCUGGGCUGAGCGAAGAUCGGGACAUGGUGGACGCAAUCAGUGGCAUAAAAAUCCAAAUAAAAAGAGAAAGGGGAAAAGGGAUUAGCAGGCGCCCCCUCAAGCUUUACUCAUGUUUUUUCAGGGGAAAAAAAAUCACAUUAAUAAUUAUUUGGAGUUCAUUCUAAAUUAUAGUAUGCAUUUGCACUCUUUCGUCUUCUUUUUUUUUAAACCAGGAUUUCACUUCCUGUAGUGUGAAGAUAUAUGACCCAAUAUGCUUUGUAAUCUUUUCGGGGGUAUACAUGGGAAUAAUAAUUGAUUUUGUAUUUCUUAUAUUUUCACAAAUGCUAAUUAAAGAUUAUU